GUUUUGUCUUGCUAUGCACACAAUAUUCGGCAUCACGGCAUGUUGCGACAUUGUAUCUCGGCCGCAGUGCACUCGUUGAUCAUCAUCAUCUUUUCUUCUUCCAGGGUUUCAGGCGGUUCCUGCUCCUCCUCUCCACUCGUUCCCCCCACGCUCCCUUGUGCAAUAUCACAAUAAUGAAACAAAUUUGUCUGUUUAGUUCUGCGCUUGCUUUCCUUACUUCCGCUGUCUUCGUACAGGCGGCACAACAGGGUGCUACUUGCAAUUCAACAAACCUAUGUUCAUCCCAGUAUCCUUGUUGCAGUGAAUACGGAUUCUGUGGUGACGGAUAUUACUGUCUCGGUGGAUGCAACCCCCUUGCGUCCAACACUCUCAACUCAUGCAAACCCAGCCCCAUGUGUGAAAGUGCUAACUACACACUUUCGGAUACCUCUCGUAUCCUUAGUAACUACACCUACUUCAAUGGGAAUGCCUCCGAGUAUGACUGGGUCUUGGAACAGGGAUCGAUCAUCAAUACCACAUCUAACGGCGAGGCUGCAAUUGCCGUCCUCCUCACUGAAACCGGUGGCGGUACUCUCCUGUCUUCAACCAGAUACGUGCAUUACGGUCAAAUCACAGCUAGACUAAAAACCGGCCGCUGGGCGGGCGUCGUUACCGCCUUCAUCACAAUGUCCAGUGUUAAAGAUGAGAUCGAUUGGGAAUUCCCUGGCAACCAGACGACUACUGGACAAACCAAUUAUUUCUGGCAGGGAGUCAUUCCUGCACAAACCGCCGGUGUGAUUGAGACUGGUCUCACGGAUACUUUUUCCAACUGGCAUGAUUUUACUAUCGACUGGCAACCUGACUCGAUGACUUUCUUGGUGGACGGAAACGUGACGCGUACGAUUACAGCUGCUCAGACCACGAACAACGCGACGGGCGUGGUUCAGUUUCCCAACACACCCAGUCGCAUUCAGUUGAGCAUCUGGCCGGCCGGUAUCUCCACCGAGCCUUCAGGCACGGUUCAAUGGGCCGGAGGCAUGAUCAACUGGAAUGACCCUGACUAUGUCUCUGCUGGCCACUUUUACUCGCUCUUCCAGUCUGUCUCAGUACAAUGCAACGACCCCACUACACCCACUGCCUCCGACACGUCCUACGUGUACGGCACCAACUCUUCGCUGGAUACCCCCAGCAUCGCAUUCUCGAAUGCUAGCACGAUGACCAACGGCGCGCAUGCUUUGAUAGGUUUGAUAGGCGUGAGUGCCAGUGCGAUGAGCAUGUGGCUCGGCGUUUUGGCUGCACUUACCCUUGGGGGUUUGGUAUUAUGA